UUGGGAGUUAUUUAUAGAAACCCAAACUCAUCCAUCGGGCGGACAACAAAGCGGAGUCCCAGCCUCACGAGAUCAUUUGCCAUCAGACCAUGGCCUCGUUCGGAGUUCGGGGAAUGGCCCAGCCGCUGGGCAUCCGCAUCUGCUGCUGCCGCGUCUGCACCUGCAUCAACUUCGGAUUCGUUCUGUCCCGGAUCGGGCUCCUCAAGCUGAUGGAACUGGGCCUGGCCAUGCUGUGCGAGGGCCUGCUGAUCAAGUAUGGCAUUCCGUAUGGCGACUCCAUUGGCCAGGCGCUGACCAGCUUCCUGGCCACCACGGGCCACUGCUCCACCACCACCGGCAUCCUGCUGCUGUGCUACGCGUUCUCCGACAAAUCCUACAGCCUCAUCCGCCAGUCGAUGUUUGAGACCUUGUUCAACGCCUUAGCCAGUUGCAUGUACUUCAGUUCAGCCAGUUACAUGGGUUUCGCCUGUGUGGUCUGGCUGCAUCCGCAGUUUCUCGUGCGUCCCGGAUUCUGGGCUUAUCCCGCCAUGACGGCCUGCUAUUACAUGGGCUAUGCGGCGGGCAUUUUGCAUGCCCUGGAUGCCUACCUGGCAUUCCGGCACUUUCGCGGCUCACGCUAGGAUCCCUUGGCCAUAUAAAAGAGCAGUAUCUCA